CAGAUUUCCCUCUCAAAGAAUCAGACCAGGCAACUAGCGACUAACUAAUUUCUGCUUAACAUGCAGUUCCCUCAUGUUCUGUGUCAAGAUGUACUCCUGUGCAUUGGCACAGUUGAUGAUGAUUUCAAUCCGCGUGAGACAAAGCUUAAACCUACACCGAUAUACCUAGGACACUAGAUGGAAUGGCUGCAUGCUGUGGAUGGUAUCAAGCAGGCUGAGGGGUUGGUGUUCUCUAUGGAAAGCCAACGUCCAGGAGUGAGCUUCAGCAAGUGGCUGUGUUACUGGUCAGUACUUUGUUUACUCUACAUGUGUGGCUUUAAUGUGGUAGGAGGCAGUUAUUGGAGACAUGAGACAUAUGGUCAUGUCAUGCUCUAUGCUGGCUCUUAUGACCCCUUCGGACAUAGUUAUGUCGGGUCAAAGUUGUGAUUUAGCAGGACUUAGAAGCGACAGGCUGUGAUAUUAUUGCUAGAGCUGGUGGAGAUGUAGGGAGUGGGCAGCGUCUACUGCACUUUGCUUAGAGUCUCAAUUAUAAUGAGAUAGCUUGGACAGAUGCAGAGUCAUGACGUGGUCUGUCAAAGUGAAAGAAUCGGUCAGUGGCGAUGGAAGGCUACUGAGGUAAAAGGGGAACUCCUUGCCCUGGUCUCCGAAGAAGGGCUGACGGUAGCAGGCUCUUGGUUAACUUGAAUAUAGAACGACCCAUUGAGAAGGUUCGG